UGAUCACAUCGACCACGUGGUUAGCAUAGCCUCGAUCACAGCGCAGGAGCAACCGGAAACGCACGCUUCUAUUUCCUUUUCCGCUUAGCUUUCAUGUCGGGAGCAUUGUAGCCGUUCGAAGGUUCAACAUGUUGAUGCCCAAGAAGAAUCGCGUGGCCAUCUAUGAAUACCUCUUCAAGGAAGGUGUCCUUGUAGCCAAAAAGGACUUCCAUGCACCCAAGCACCCCGAGCUGGAGGCCAUCCCCAACCUCCAAGUCAUUAAGGCCCUGCAGUCCCUGAAGUCGCGCGGCUAUGUGAAGGAACAGUUCGCGUGGCGCCACUACUACUGGUACCUCACCAACGAGGGCAUCCAGUACCUGCGGGACUUUCUGCAUCUGCCACCUGAGAUUGUGCCCGCCACCUUGAAGAAGCAGUCUCGCCAGGAGGCACCCAGCCGAAGGCCCAAGA